AUGUUUGAUAAUAUUAGAUCAGCUGAUGAGCUAUAUGUUACUGAAAACGAAAAAGAAUAUUAUGAUCGAAAACUUGCUGAAUAUCAAGAUAUAUACUCUAUUAAAUAAGCUAUUACAGCUUAUAGCAAAAUUAAAUUAUUUAAUAUCGAUCAAUAACAAAAACUUAAAUAUGAAUGCUAUUCUAAUUGUUAUGAUAAUAAUUAAGUGAUUUUCGAAAAUUAAGAAGAUGGAAUAAAAAAACUUAGUAGAUGCUUAACCGAAUGUAAAAAACAAACAAAAGAUCUUAAAUAGUUUUUAAAAAAUGUUGAUAAACUAGUCUAUUUUAAGAAUUAAACAUGCCAUUCUAAUUGUGAUUAGAUAAUUAAUUAUAAUGCAGAUUAAACUUACUAAGAAAAAAUUAGUGUAAAUUUUUUACUAAUUUAUAGAAUAAAGUUAAUGUUUAUAGAUGUAGAUGGGUGUGUGAAAAUAAGCUAGAUCGUAGAUAUAGAGAAUUUUGGUUAAAGUAAAGAAAUGAUAUAAUUGAUCAAUAUUCCAACUAAUUGGCUAAUUGA